AUGGAUCUCGUGCUGAACGUUGCCGACCACUAUGUCCUCACCCCCUACGUGUACCCAUUGUCAUGGCCCGAGGACACAGCACUGCGCCAGAUCAUCAGCCUGUUGGUAGUCACCAACCUGGGGAUCGCGGUCCUCUACCUGGGCCUUGGCUGGCUGAGCUACCAAUUCAUCUUUGACCACAACCUCAUGAAACAUCCACAGUUUCUAAAGAACCAGGUGUGGCUGGAGAUCAGACAUGCCAUGACCUCGCUACCCAUUAUUAGUAUCCCCACCGUGGCGUUAUUUUUCAUUGAGGUCAAAGGAUACAGUAAGCUCUAUGACAACGUUGAGGAAUCUCCCAUGGACUGGCCCUUUGUGCUUUUCAGCAUUAUUUCCUUUGUGUUAUUCACGGAUGGGUGCAUCUAUUGGAUUCAUCGGUUUCUUCACCACAGAUGUAUUUACAAGCACUUCCACAAGAAGCAUCAUGUGCUGAAGAUCCCCACGCCGUUCGCCAGCCACGCCUUCCACCCGCUGGACGGCUUCCUGUCGAGCCUGCCCUACCAUGUCUACCCCUUCCUCUUCCCCCUGCACAAGGUGCUCUACCUGGCCCUCUACAUCUUUGUCAACAUCUGGACCGUGUCCAUCCACGACGGUGCCUAUCGCAUGCCUGGUCCACUGCAGGAGGUGGUCAACGGGGCGGCCCACCACACGGACCACCACCUCUGCUUCAACGUCAACUACGGCCAGUACUUCACCUUGUGGGACCGCAUUGGUGGGUCUUACAAAAACCCCUCGGUUCUCGAAGGGAAGGGCCCCCUCGACUGCAUUAGUAGACUGACGGCCGAGGGGAAGAUUAGCUCUAAUGGGGCUAAUGCCAAUGGCCACACGAAUGGGCAUGAUAAUGGCAGUGGUACAAAGAGCAAGGAGGAGUAGCUGGUAGCAGCUAACCAAACUAUUCUUUCAGAGAACCACCCAGGCCAUCAAGACCCAUGCCACACUCAAAUGUGUUUUUGAUAGCCAAUGGGUUCUCAAGCAAACCUUUCACCGCCAUAUCUGAGGAGAAGCGGUCUCCCUGCCGCAUCCAAGCAGUAAAGUAGCCAGCUGGAUAACCUUGGCGUCGCAGGACUUUGCAGAAAUUCAGCCAGCUGCGAUUGACUCAUAGAUAGCAAGCUAAACAUCAUGCUAUAUGUAAUAUGAAAAAUAUGUAACUAACAAAUUAGAUAGGGGUAGAAUUACAGGUUUUCAGAUAUAAAAAUGAUAGUCCUGCUGAUGGACUAGUUAGCUACAAUGUAAUGGUGUUGUCUAGUAGCUAGCUACACAUGACAUUGUCCUCUCGGUUGUCCUCCACUUUGUCUGUAUAUGCAUUGCGUCCUGCUAUCAUACUGGAUGUCCCAAAAGACAAUGAUGUACAUAUGCUUAAUCUUGGUUAACCCCGAAUGAAAGUCUCAAGUAAUUGGUCAGCUGCUCGAUUAAGUUCUGGGUCCAUAUGUGUUAACAGAAGGGAUUAAGAGAGCUCCACCCUUACGGGCCAAAUGCCCCCUCCCCUUCCGAAAUUCAACAGAUGCUAACACAGGAGAAACCAUGAUUUGUCCAAAUAAUCAGUGAUGAAAAACCCAAACAACGAAACUACUGCUGCUCGUUAUCCCACGCAUCCAAUUCCUUCCCGACAGAUUUGAUGGUACAAGUUAAUGUUUACGUAGAGAGAUGAAUCUAUGUUAAAUUAAGCUGAAUUGUUGUUGAUUGAUAGGACUCUCGAGAUGUCGCUGUUAUUACUACAAACUUUCUGGUAUGGGAGUGCUGUCGGAGUUAUUGGAAGUACGGAGUUCCAAAUGGAUAGUUUCUCUUGAACGGCCCUCUAAAUCAUAAUUACAAGUGGGAAACUCUGAGAAAUUGUGUUACCUCAGUUGCCAAGUUGUGACAUUUAACCACGGACCAUUCCCAUUUUCAACCCCAAAAAAUGACAACAAAUCAGUUUGACAAUUACAAACUUAUUGUGGCUUCUUACAUUCCCCAGCAAGAAAACCAAAUGUCACUCAAACAGAAGGGGGAACUAACAAAGAUUCACUGACAACAACCGACACA